ACAGCAACAACCCUGAGCUGCCACCUCCGUCCUGAGGAAUUCAGACAAGGGAGGAGAUUGUAGGGAUCAUUAAUCAUUAUUGUCUCUUUGAGCCGUUAACUUAUUAGAGAAGGAAGAGCUGCCCUGGGUCAACUGCUGCAGCUUCUCCACCAUGUCUCUGGCAGGAAUGAAAUGCCUGGUGACUGGAGCCGGUGGAUUCCUUGGUCAAAGGAUCGUCUGCCAGCUGCUGGAGGAAGAGGAAGGACUGGCCGAGGUCCGCGCCACGGACAAAGCCCUCAGCCCUGAGACACUCCAGUGUUUUGGAAAACUGAAGACUAAAACUCUCCUGACAAUCAUGCAAGGGGAUAUCCGGGAUGCAGCAUUUCUCCGCACAGCUGUCCAAGGUGUCUCUCUUGUCAUCCACACGGCUUGCAUCAUCGACAUCUUGGGAUAUGUAGACAAACAGACACUCUGGGAUGUCAACACAAAAGGUACACAGCUGCUCCUGGAUGCCUGCCUACACAACAACGUCCCGUAUUUUGUCUUCACCAGUAGCAUUGAAGUGAUGGGUCCAAACAGAAGAGGGGACCCCAUCGUUGAUGGCGAUGAAGACACAGUGUAUCAUGAUACCAGAAAAUUUCCUUACGCUGAAUCAAAGAGAGCAGCGGAGAAAUUUGUGCAGGAGCUGGAUGGCCAGCCACUGAAAGAUGGCAGCAGACUUGUGACAUGCGCUUUGAGGUCCCCGUACAUCUUUGGAGAAGGAAGUCCUUUCCUUCUGGGCCAUCUUGAUGAAAGCAUCCAAAACAAUAAUAUCUUCAUAAGGAUAUCUAGGAAGGAGGCUCUUGUAAAUCCCAUCUAUGUAGGGAACAUGGCUUCAGCUCACAUUCAAGUGGCAAAAGCCAUGACGGAUCCAGAAAAGGUCAAGCGGAUCCGAGGAAAAUUCUAUUACAUCACAGAUGACACUCCCCAUAUGAGCUAUUCGGACUUAAAUUAUGAGCUGAGCAAGGAGCUGGGGUUUGGUGUUGAACCCAAACUACCGCUGCCCUUGACAAUGUUCUAUUACUAUGCUCUGCUGCUGGAGAUUGUGAGUUUCUUACUCCAGCCUUUUGUCAGAUACAUUCCCCGCAUCAAUACUCACAUUGUGACCCUGGUCAAUACCCCAUUUAGCUUUUCUUCCAGAAAAGCUCAAAGGGAUUUUGGCUAUACACCUCGCUACAAAUGGGAAGAAGCCAAGGCGCUUACAAGCCAGUGGAUUGCCAAAGUAGCUCCACUAAGAAGAGCCUACCUGAAAAACAAGACCCUCUGAGGUUGACCUCCGUGGCAGGAUGAAGAGGAGGCAGGAAGUAAGGAGGGUGGGGGUCAGCAGGGAAGCAACAACAGAGCAGCCAAAGUGUGGAACCCACUUUCUGAAAUGCCUGAAUGAGUACAAGAACCCUUUCGUUCGCUGUGGACAUUAAUGAUCAAGCAGGGUCCCCGCCAAGUUCUUCACCAGCUCUCAUGGGCCGCCAUCUGCUCCUGUCAACAUUCAAAACUGCAAGGACAGCAGUGAUUUGUCACAUACAGGUUACUUGCAAACACCUAGCAGAGAAAUGUUAAUAAUAGCAAUGCAUACAUAAAAUCAACAGGACAUGCAUGGCCUGUUCAACAA